AUGGCUAAUACUACAACGCAUUUUGAAACCAUAUCAAGAAAGGAUAAGAGACGGCACAACUUUGAAUCGAAGGUCAGUAAAAUAGCGCAUAGCUUUGCUGUAGAUAAAGACACACACUAUCGUGAUAGACUCACUUCUUUACAGACAACUCUGACGACUCUACAUCAAGGAAAUAGCAGCCAGUUCUUGCGACAGCUACGAGACCUGGAAGAAGAACGAGACUUUGAGCUAGUACGUCUUCGACUCUUUGAGGAGUACCGCGUCAACAGGUCGAGCAUCGAGUUUCAGGAAGAUAUCGAAAAGACCAAAGUUGAACAUGAAAAGAUUAUUAAAUUGUGCAAGGAGAAGCUGUACGAGUCACUUGAAACCAAAGUGAAGAACCUUCAAGAGGAGCGGCUACUGAUGGACGUAGCCAAUGCCCACUCGUAUUCUAUGGACUAUUCUCGCACCAAACUUCAAAAGGCAACCAGGAGUGCUACUGCUAUCGCCUGGGAUUCAUCUGCAAACGAAUUCGGGAAAGAGGCCUCGGCUAAUGAAAGUGCGACUGACACUGGAACAGAGCGUCGGUCGCUGAGACGUCGUCUAGCCACUACUGCCACGUCCAGAGCCAUGAGUGACGAACAAGACCCAAUAUCUACCAAAGAGUCACCUGCUCCUCUAAACGACCCUAGCGAAAGCUCAGAUUCGAUGUUUUUACAAGGUUUGAGUAGCUCUUCAGAGCUACAUACACUUUUGUUUGGUGACAAAGAGCGCGAAAAGAAGAAGACAAGAGGUACCAAUAGACUUUCAACCAAAGCGGCGCCACCGUUGCAAUCUUUGAAGCAAGAAGAGGUUACGGAAGAUAUAGCGUUGAUUAGGUCGCUUUCAGGUCAACCACCGGCACCAUUCAAAAACUGA